AAAUAUGUGGAUCUUACAUCGCUGCUGCCUGCCCAAACUGAUCCUGAUGACUUAAGGGCGAAGCUUGUGCCAAUUGCUAAAAUAAAGAAAGGGUUUGCUACAUUUUGUAACAUGAACAUCACAUUAUUUGCGUUGACCGAGCUGCAGCAAAGUGAUAGUUUGGAGGGAAUUCUGAAUCUGUUGAGGAGAUCUCUGAAGCGAGCCGUUUUUCUUGCUCAACGUUGCAUCGCUGAAUUUAGUGAUGUCGAUUCCGGGGUCAGUCAUAAAAAAAUUUUUUUUUUUGGUGACAUUCUAUGUUGA